AUGUAUCUUUUGAAGCUACUCUCUACGUUUGUGGUUCUAACAACCGCGCUAGCAUUAGAUACUUUCAAUGCUUGUCCUUCCCAAAACUUCAAUUGGCAUUACCAAGUAACAAACUUUCCCAAGGCUUCAAUUUCGGUUACAAAUCCCAUUAAGAAGUCUGACGGAACUUGGGAUGUCAACAUCAAUUUCAGUGCUGGUAACAGUAUGUCGGUUUCCUCUCUCACAGAGUUGAAGAUUCUUGGUAUUGGCACCUACGUCCUCUACUCAAACAACAUGAAGAUUUAUACCAUUUCAAAUCCCGGCAAGUGGUCUUACACCGUCAAUAUUACACCUCGUCAGGUGGAAUCCUAUUCGACAUGUAUGCCCAGCUUCACAAUUCAGUAUGACUGGUGCAGCACCGGAGUUACCGAUUGGUCUGAAUGCGAUUCUUGGAGCUAUCAAAAAUCUUACGACUACAUUACAGGAUGUAAUAAUUAUGAUUCAAGCACAGGCUAUUCACAGAUGGAUGCUCCUGACUAUUGUUGGGACGCAACUUGCUCUUCCACUGAGUCCACUUCAUCUAUUGAGUCGACUUCAUCUACUGAGUCAAGCUCCUCUACUGAGUCGACUUCAUCUAUUGAGUCGAGCUCUUCCACUGAGUCGAGCUCUUCUACUGAGUCCACUUCAUCUGUUGAGUCAAGCUCUUCCACUGAGUCGACUUCAUCUACUGAGUCAAGCUCCUCUACUGAGUCGAGCUCUUCUAUUGAGUCAAGCUCCUCUACUGAGUCCACUUCAUCUGUUGAGUCAAGCUCUUCUACUGAGUCGAGCUCCUCUACUGAGUCGAGCUCUUCUAUUGAGUCAAGCUCCUCUACUGAGUCCACUUCAUCUGUUGAGUCAAGCUCUUCCACUGAGUCGAGCUCCUCUAUUGAGUCAAGUUCGUCUAUUGAGUCAAGUUCGUCUAUUGGGUCGACUUCAUCUACUGAGUCAAGCUCUUCCACUGAGUCGACUUCAUCUACUGAGUCAAGCUCCUCUACUGAGUCGAGCUCUUCUAUUGAGUCGAGCUCCUCUAUUGAGUCAAGUUCGUCUAUUGGGUCGACUUCAUCUAUUGAGUCGAGCUCUUCCACUGAGUCGAGCUCCUCUAUUGAGUCAAGUUCGUCUAUUGGGUCGACUUCAUCUACUGAGUCAAGCUCUUCCACUGAGUCGACUUCAUCUACUGAGUCAAGCUCCUCUACUGAGUCGAGCUCUUCUAUUGAGUCAAGCUCCUCUACUGAGUCCACUUCAUCUGUUGAGUCAAGCUCUUCUACUGAGUCGAGCUCCUCUAUUGAGUCAAGUUCGUCUAUUGAGUCAAGUUCGUCUAUUGGGUCGACUUCAUCUACUGAGUCGAGCUCCUCUAUUGAGUCAAGUUCGUCUAUUGAGUCAAGUUCGUCUAUUGGGUCGACUUCAUCUAUUGAGUCAAGCUCUUCCACUGAGUCGACUUCAUCUACUGAGUCAAGCUCCUCUACUGAGUCGAGCUCCUCUAUUGAGUCAAGUUCGUCUAUUGAGUCAAGUUCGUCUAUUGGGUCGACUUCAUCUAUUGAGUCGAGCUCUUCCACUGAGUCGACUUCAUCUACUGAGUCAAGCUCUUCUAUUGAGUCAAGCUCCUCUACUGAGUCUAUUUCUGACACGGUCAAGAAAACACAGACAGUUCUGAAAUCCAGACUUAUGACCGCAACUACUAUUGUCACCACUAUCCAUGGCACAGUCACUUCUUAUACAACUUAUUGCCCGUUACCUGAUUCUGAAACACUGCCCACUUUGGUGCAUAUCCUGGGAGCAACAACCGUACUUACAGUAGGUGCCACCACUUCAAAUGGUGAGGCAACCUCAAAAACCAAAUACUCGCGGCCGGAGAAUAAUGACACAAAAAGCAUCGUUUCUACGUGCACAUCAAACGUCGCAACCACUGUGAAUGGAAUAGUCACUAUCCAUACUACGAACUCCUUAUUAAAAGGAUCCACGGUAAUCACAAAGACCGUGUGCAGCGGACACAAUGAAUGUGACACCGGUUCAUUUACUAAAGUCGAAAUUUUGACGUUUACCGAAAAAGGCACGAGCUCUUUCUCCACCGCUUAUGUUUCAUUGUCUGGUCCUCAUUCAUCUGCCAAGGAGCUGGAGAGCUACACAUGGGCUCCUCAAGUUACUUUUGUGACAUCUCUUACAGGUAGUAUCGCUUCGAUUGAGACACUAGAAUCAACGAGUUCAAGAGAAACUUCGAUUAUUCAAAUUCAAUCUGCAAGUGAGAAUAAGGCACCUACAACUACAUUUGAUUUCAUCAUAUUUGUGGUUUCAUUAUUUGCAGUUCUUAUUUGA